ACCUGGACGAAGGAAAAGAAAACGACGAACAUGAGGCACCGCUUGAAGCUGAAAAGCCACUUGAGCUCAAGCCUGAAGCGAAAUCAAAACCGCCUCGACCGCCAACAAAGGAGAAUUCAGAUUUGAUGGAUUCAUUACAUGUGGUACCAUCAUUGCAAUCUGAUGUCAGCACCGAUGCAGUGGCAGCAUUGCUGUCCGGACAUGUGCGCCAGAAUACAUUAUUCGAGUUUAAACAAAGUGAUUGAGGCCAAAACAAUUGGGCAUCGUCCCACAGUCAAACAAGAUGAUAUCAAAGCAAUUGAAUUACUAUGUAAUGUUGAUGGAAGUGGUACACCAUUCCCAGUGAGAGGAAGAGGCCAGUUGCUUGAUUAUAUUUUAAUUCCAGUGUGUCGAGAUGACAAUGAGGGCAUCACGGAAUACAAUGAACUUUUGCAUACUCAAGCAAUUGCUGUAAGCGCCUACACUACCUUGCAAUGGUAUCCUGGUGGAAUUUGUCAUGCAUUGCGGUCCUUACAGUUCCAGCAAUGGGAUCCCGGAGGUAACAUUGUCAUUAUUUGUACUCACCUUGAGUACAAGGUGAUUGUUUUGGGGGAGAGUAUUGAUACGAUCCUUUCUAAGAUGAGGUGCACAAUAGGCAACAAUUUAGGGGAUUAGCUACUCAAAGUUUGUUAUUGCUGACUCAGCCGUAUCAAAAGAGAAUAUUAGUUCAGUUGUGGAUUGGAAGGAAAAUGGUUAGAUGAGAAAAGCAUGCUAGAGGCGCAUAUAUAUUGCUCUGUUUGGAGUGUGGAGGGGAUCUUUGGGACUUGGAACUUUGGGCACCUCUCGGGUGAUUGGGAGAGUCUAGAGCCUCUAUAUUUGCUCUAGAAUUAUCUUGCAUUAUUUCUCUUUUUGUUAUAGCAUUUCCAGUUCAUUGUAUUUCCUUUUUCUUGUUAAUUUGUCUCUGAGUUGUUAUCAUUUUCAUAUUGUAAUACAGAUA